AUGCAGUCGUGCGGGGGCGCCGCGGCGGGACGCCGAGCCUUCGACAGCAUCUGCCCCAACAGGAUGUUGGAGCUGCGGGGCCGGCCUUUCAGCAAGCCCGGGAAGCUGGAGAAGAAGUUCGCCCCUCCGCGGAAGUUCUUGCCUGGUUGCAGCGGCGGCAGCCCAGUGUCGGUCUACGAAGAUCGGCGGGACGCGGAGCUCUCUGCGCUGCCAGCGCUCACCACCAUAGACCUGCAGGACCUCGCCGACUGCUCCUCGCUACUCGGGUCCGACGCGCCGCCUAGUGGUGACUUGGCUGCAUUGCAGAACCAGUCCCUGCAAACUGCUGCGGACUUUGAUCUGCAGGAUUUCAGAGACACAGUGGAUGAUCUCAUUGCAGACUCAUCCUCUUUGAUGUCGCCUCCUCUGACCGGCGGAGACUUUCCCUUCUCUCCUGGCAACGUAUUGCCAUUUGGGCCCUGUCUCUCUCCGCCGCUGGACCCAAGGGCACUGCAGUCACCGCCUCUGCCCCCUCCAGACGUGCCCCGGCCGGAGCAGUACUGGAAGGAAGUGGCCGACCAGAACCAGAGGGCAUUGGGGGACGCGCUCGUUGAGAAUAACCAACUGCACGUGACGCUGACCCAGAAGCAGGAGGAGAUCGCCUCGCUCAAAGAGCGGAACGUGCAACUGAAGGAACUUGCCAGCCGGACCCGGCACCUGGCCUCUGUGCUGGAUAAGCUGAUGAUCACGCAGUCCCGGGAUUGCGGGUCGACAGCCGAACCCUUCCUGCUCAAGGCGACAGCCAAAAGGAGCCUGGAGGAGUUGUUCAGUGCUGCGGGACAGGAUUGCGCGGAAGUGGACGCCAUCCUGAGGGAGAUUUCCGAGCGCUGCGAUGAAGCGCUGCAGAGCCGCGACCCCAAGCGGCUCCGGCUACAGCCGGAGCCCGCGAGUAGGGAUGACAUGCCAGGGAACCUCCACGGCACCUUCCGGGGGCUGCGCACAGAGUGCAGCCGGAGCGCGCUAAACCUGAGCCGCAGUGAGCUAGAAGAGGGUGGCUCCUUCAGCACCCCCAUCCGCAGCCAUAGCACCAUCCGCACCCUCGCUUUCCCCCAGGGCAAUGCCUUCACCAUUCGGACCGCCAACGGGGGAUACAAAUUCCGCUGGGUCCCCAGUUGA